UUGACAUUGCAGAACAGUUGCAAUAGAUGUGUGGAUUUGUUGAGAGAGAAGGACGUCAUCCCCGAAACAGGUUCAGAGGUCAAUCUACCUCCCAUGUCAGAUAAUUUAGUCUGUGAUCCAGAGGUGAUGUGUUGUACCCUGAACGUUCUACCCAACACACCCGCCCUCCUUCAGAAGGCCAGACUACCACUGGCUGUUCAUGUUCAACCAUUAAAAGACAUCCCCAAUGUGCCGGUAGUAAAGGUAGACACAAUAGUCAGAUGUAGACUUUGUCGCAUGUACAUCAAUCCCUACGUGGUGAUCAUAGACAGGCACAGGUGGAAAUGUUGCAUGUGCUCCAGGUUCAAUGACCUGCCAGAAGAUUUUUCGUAUGACGUGAAGCGCAAGGCUUACACAAAUGGAAGACACCGGAAUGAGAUGAACUCUUCUUCCUAUGAAGUUAUUGCCUCUCCUGAAUAUAUUGUUGGUAACUUAGCAGUGCCUGUCUACUUUUUUCUUCUGGAUGUGUCAUAUAAUGCUAUCGAGACAGGCUACCUGAUUUCACUGUGCCAAAGUGUGAUUGAGAAGUUGGAAUCCUUGAAAACACAUGAUAACGUGAUGGUGGGCGUUAUGACCUUCCACACAUCUGUUCACCUCUACAACAUCCAUCACCGAUAUACUAAACCUAUUGUCUAUAAACUGCCAGAUUUAGAAAAUCUGUUCAUACCUGCACCUGAUGGAUUAUUGGUCAAUUUAAAAACUUCCCAAAGCUUGUUUGUGGAUUUGCUGACAAACCUACCAUCCAUGCACAAGGACAACAAAGAGAUUGGUAGCUGUCUGGGACCUGCUCUGAAACUUGCCUAUGAAAUUUUGGCGCCAACGGGUGGUCGGGUGAGCAUCUUUCAAACGAAAAUUCCGGAUGUUGGAGAAGGAUCCCUAAAGUCCAGGGAGGAUCCAAAUAAGAGGGCUGGUGAGGUGGUGCAAAACCUGACGGCAGCCACAGACUUUUACAAGAAGGUAGCUCUCGAUGGAUCUUCAUCACAUGUGGCUUUUGACCUCUUUAUGCUCAACACUCAAUACGCUGAUCUGGCUACCCUAUCUGUUUUGUCACGUUACUCUGGCGGCUGCCUCUUCUACUUCCCCAACUACCACCUCACGUCCAAUCCUGUUGAAUCGAGCAGGUUCGACGAAACACUCGACAGGUACUUCUCGACGAACGUCGGUUUCGAGGCUGUCCUCAGAGUCAGAUGCACUCAAGGCCUCAGUCUUCAACUCUUUCAUGGAAAUGGAUUUGUGAGAUCUGUUGACCUGCUCUCCCUCUCCUCUGUUACUCCAGAUCUCUCUUACGCUGUUCAAAUUCAGAUGGAGGACUCCAUUGAAGACACCAAGGUCUGCAUACAGGCUGCCUUAUUGUACACCACCAAUCGAUUUGAACGUCGCAUACGAGUGCACACGAUCUGCCUGCCUGUAUCCACCUACCUAAGUGAUGUCUUUGCACAUGCCAACCAGAUGGCUAUCACGGCUCUCGUUGCUAAGAUGGCUGUCGACAGAUCUCUCAACAGUUCGGUUGCUGACGCCAGGGAAGCUUUGACAAAUGUGGCACUUGAUGCAUUGAAUGCCUAUGGGGAGAACCUUUCAAGUGGACAGAGGGGUGGACAGCUUCCUUGUCCUUUCUUCUUGAGGGCAUUACCGCUAUACAUCCUUGGACUUUUAAAAUCUAUUCCAUUUCGACUUGGGGUGAGCACAAAACUUGACGAUCGAGUUUUCAUGUUGGACCAGUUCAAGACACUUCCUUGGACGCACAUCAUCAAGUACAUUCAUCCAAACUUCUAUCCACUGCAUAAGCUAAACGAUAGGAAUGCCUUGUACGUAGAUGACAGGGUCAUCUGUCAGCCACCACUGCUCCCACUCUCGGCUGGAUGCAUGGACAGGCUGGGAAUCUACCUGCUCGAUGAUGGCUUCAACAUGUACCUCUGGUUGUCCAGCUCUGUCAGUCGGGCAUUCCUCAGGGAUGUUAUUGGAGUCCAGAAAUUUGGGGAUGUGCUCAGUGGAUUGUUUGAGUUUCCUCAUUUGGACAACGUAUGGUCAGAAAAUGUAAGGAACUUCAUAGAGUAUCUUCAAAGUACAAGAAGUACUUACUCUCCUGUUAUCUUAAUCAGGGAUGACCAAACAGAUCGUGUUAUGUUUUACGAACGUCUGCUGGAGGACAGGACGUCUGAUGUCUUGAACAUGUCUUACAUUGAAUUCAUAAGACACCUACACUCCUUAGUGACUUAUUAAUAUUUUUCAUUCGGCUAUUGGAUAUUUCUCAUUAUUAUUGUUAUUAUUUAUUGUCACAGUUGUUAAUUUUUUCGAAUAUUGCUGCUACCAUCGUUAUUAUUGCUUAUUUAUAUAUAAAAUCAAACGUAAUAUAAAUGAUGAAUGUUUGUAAUUUGAUAACUAUUUGUGAUUUGUUAAUGUAGGCUUUUUGUUGUGCGUAUGCGUUUGAUUCUAAAUUUGGUAUAAAUUAUUUAAUUUAUUUGUUUUUUGGACCUAUGGCGAUGAUGAUGUUUUGCAUUAUUCCGCACUUUUUAUUGAAGAAUUUUGUAUGUAGAAAGUCAGAUAAGUGCUAAAGAGUGCUGACUAACAUUUCUGUAAUUUUUAUUUCAUCUUGUUAACUGUUUUGCAUCUUAACACCGAUGGCGUAUUUGAGUUCGAAGAACGGUAAAAACUUUUAUUCGGCCAUUGUCUUUAGAAAAAUAAUUUUAGAUUGCCAGUUUGAGUCACUUAAACGUUUGUCAUUUUCUUUUCUCCCAGAAGUCCGAUGUCCUAAUCAGACGGUGGUCAUACUUAGAAAUCAAUAAUUAGGCGCAUGGUGAACUAUAAUGUUUACAUUAAUUUUAAGUUACCUUUUAAAAUUUUUUAACACCUUGUGC